GAGUUCGGAGGCCUCUCGGAUUCCGCACCGGGCAUCACAACAACCAAAAGCCGAUAACCACCACGAGAGAGGAGGGUUCGUCUCUGUCCUGUAGCGUUCGUCGCGAGGGCUUGUCCGCUCCUCCUCCUCCUCCCUCUCGCAGCACGGAGGCCUCCGGCCGAGGAGGGCUACGGGACCUGGUUCUCAUGUCCGGCUCCUUUGUCCUCGCCGAUACGUGUGUCUCGGGGAGGUGGCUGCGGUCUCGUAUCCCCGUGUCCUCGAAUCCACUGCCGCGUCUCGCCUGCUGCAGCUGCUUCUCUGAUUCCCGCGGCAAUAUUUGACCUCAGCAACUGUUGCCGCGGUUUGGCCCUUCCCACCGUCCGCAUGCGGCAGCCGUCUCCGCGAGCAGACGGCGCCUGACCGCGGGGGAAAGGUCAACAUGGGCUUCAACACGGUCAACGGAACAGGCAAAUAUGCAUCCAUAGAUUCACCGAGUCCAUGGAAGUGUAAUUAGAAUCUAUCGGCCAAGAACGACUAUUACUGACUCGAGACCAAAACAGAGCUCCAUUGAAUUUGGAUUAUUUUGAUUACUCUAUGGUCGUCGGUCCUUAGAGAGAGAGUCGAUAAUUAUCAAUAUAGCAUAGAAAUUGAAAUACCAUGAAAGUAAUUCAAAUAACUAAAAUAGGAUAGAAAAACCUUAAAUGAAAUUUAUGUGUGUGUGUGUGUGUGUGUGAAUUAUUGCUAUCGUGCAGACCGCAAGGGGAAUACGUUGACCAGUCCAUGGCGUGCGAGUCCUGACCCUGAAGGUUGAAGCCCAAAGUCAUAGUGUCGACAGCGAGUCCAACUUGUUCAUCCCCUCGAGUUCGACUGCCUUGUUCUUGAUCUAAGUGCCUUCUUUCCCCAGCUGAAGAAGAAGAGCAGGAGGAGUAGAUGGAAGGAAGGGAUUCCAGUCAUGUCACCCUGGCCUCGCAACCGAACGCUUGCGUCGUCCUCGACGUCGGCGGCAAGCUCUUCGAGACCACCGUGGCCACUCUCCAAUCCGGCGGGCCCGACUCCCUUCUCGCGGCCCUCUGCCUCCGCGCCAACCCUGACUCCGAUGAAGAACCCUCACCCGUUUUCAUCGACCGAGAUCCCGAGAUAUUCUCCACCCUCCUCUCCCUCCUCCGCUCCGGUCGCCUCCCCUCCUCUGUCCUCAGCCGCUUCUCCAACCAGGACCUCCUCGAAGAGGCCCUCUACUACGGCGUCGAGGCCCGCCUCCGGUCGGCUCUGUCCCCGCCGCCACUGGUCGGUUUCGAUGCCACCCUGGUCGCCACCCUCCGCCCCGCAUCCGACGCCUUCCCCACCGCACUGUCCGCAGGAUCCGAGGACGGAUCCGUCUGGAUCGCCCAUGGCGGCCAGAUCUCCGCCUACGACUGGAGCCUCGCCCACACCGGGACCGUGCGGACGCAUCUGGACGAGAUCACGGCCCUCCAGCGCGUGUGGCCAGAGGUCGCCGCGGCCGGCUCGCUGGACUCCCCAGGUCUCCACUUCUACGACGUCUCCGGCGGUCGCCAUGUAGGAUCCGUCCACUGGUCCGACCCGGGCGAUCACCGGGUGUACAAGGCCAGGGUGACCGCGAUCGCUGCCGGGUGGUCCGGCCCCGACGACCCGGUGUACGCGGCGUUCGAGUGCCCUCACCCGGAGAACUGCAUCCUAGCGGUCGAUCCGGCGACGCUGCUACCGACGGCGGCGAUCGGGCGGCAGAGUGGGAGCGCAGCGAAGGCGGCGGCGCCGGGGCGGCUGGUGCACGUGCGAGAGCGGGGGCUGGUCUUCGCGGCGGCCGUGAGCGCGGGAGCGUUCGGGUACGCCGGCUACAUGCGGCUCUGGGACCCGCGGUCCGGGGAGGCGGUGUGGGAGACGAACGAGCCCGGAGCGGGGAGCAGCAGCCGGCGGUUCGGGGACUCGUUCGCGGACGCCGACGUGGACCGGGAGGGCUCGGCCAUCUACAAGGUUUGCUGGCGGUCGGGGGACGUGGCAGUAGCGGACAUGCGGCGGCUGGGGGAGGACCCUUGGGUGUACCUGGAGGAGCGGAGCGCCGCCGCCGGGAUGAGGAGCGCCGGGGAAGGGGCCAACAGCGUGCUCCGCUGCUACAAGAACCAGGUGUUCGUGGGCAGGGAAGCGGGACUGGAGGUGUGGUCGCAGAUAAUGGAUAAAGAAGGAGGACGACGACGGAGCGAUCGGGAGACGGAGGCAGCUGUUUGCGAGAAUGCGUUCCGUAGGAUCUUUGUGGACAAGGAGGAAGACGCGAGGCGAGGGCUCAUCAAAGCGAUGGAAGGAGGUGGGGAUCGUCUUUUCCUGAGCAGGGAAGGGGUGGAAGGUGUCGAGGUGUGGGAGAGCUCAGAUCUUUCCAGGGCCAUCUCUCUCGUGUAGCACCUGUUUGUCGAAAUGCUUAGCUUAUGCUCCUGAGGCAGGACCAUUUUUAUCUUUUAGCCACAUCACUGUCUAUGGAAUUUUCCUCCUCGAAUUCUUUUCCUUAUCAAAGGAUUUAUCCAUGAUCAUCAUACCAUAAGUCGCCAAAUGCUGCAAGAUUGUGGCAUCAGCAUUGACGCA